AUGGUCAAAUUUCGUUUUUCGAAAAAGACAUCAAAUGAGAUUCCAACUUCAACUCUAAAUACUCUAAUUAACAUAGUACCUUCAUUGGAAACAAUUCAUCAAAGUCGAAAACGAUUAAUAACAAAAGAUGGAAAUAUAAAUAUCGAAAAAUUACGUGUUGAAAAUCGAAUUCUUUAUUUUCGUGAUAUUUUUACAAGUUUAUUGGAUUUAAAAUGGAGAUUUAUUUUAAUUUUCUUUUCUUUCUCAUUUGUUAUAUCUUGGUUAAUAUUCGCUGUUAUUUGGUAUAUUAUUAUGUAUAUUCAUAAUGAUUUUUCAAUAAAUUUAUCGAAUGAAACUUCUAAUGAACAUAUUCCGUGUAUUUCUGGUGUUAAAACAUUUUCUGGUGUUCUUCUUUAUUCAAUUGAAACUCAACAAACCAUUGGUUAUGGAACACGAGCAAUUAAUGAACAAUGUACAGGUGGAAUUAUUUUAUUAAUUAUUCAAAGUAUUUUCAGUUUAAUUAUUCAAUCAUUAUGGGUUGGUCUUAUUUAUACAAAAUUAUCACGUCCAAAACGACGUCGAAAAACAUUUAUUUGGUCACGAAAUGCUGUUAUUUCUUUAAGAGAUGGGAUUUUAACAUUUCAAUGUCGUUUAGGUGAUAUGCGUUCUCGAUCAACAUUAAUUGAAGCUCAUAUUCGAAUGUAUUUUAUAACGAAAAGAACAACGAGUGAAAAUGAAAUCAUUCCUUUAACAUUACUCGACAUGAACAUUGGUUAUGAUGAAGGAAAAGAUCGUUUUUUUCUCAAUUGGCCAAUUAUUAUUGAGCAUAAAAUCGAUUCGAAAAGUCCUUUAUAUGAAAUGAACAAAGUCAAUCUAUCCGAACAAAAAUUUGAAAUUUUAUUAAUAUUAGAAGGAACAAUUGAACCGACGGGAAUGAUGACACAAAUAAGAACAUCUUAUAUGCCAAAUGAAAUUAUUUGGGCGGGAAGAUUUUCACGAAUGAUUCGUUUUGAAAAAGAUCAUUACGUCGUUGAUUAUUCCAAAUUUAAUUCCAUUCAAUAUGAUCAUUUAACAAAAGAAUAUUCAGCGAAAGAAAUCGAACAGAGAAAUUGA